AUGAAAGAGCUCGAAGCAGGAAUCGACUUUGCAUCUCGAAUUGAAAGUGGAAUUCAAAGCAUAAAUUCAAAACGGGGAUUCCAACCAGGGACUGGAAUCGGGAACGCGAAGGAGCAAGUCGAAGAGGAGGUCAGUUGGGAAUUCAAAGCUGGGAUUAACAGGCAGGAGUUCAUGGUAGGAAUUCAAGGUAGGAAUUCAAAGCAGGGAUUUACAGGCAGGAAUUCAUGGGUACCAACUGAAUUAAUACCCAUGAUUAACAAGCCGGGAAGUCUCAAAGGCGGACCCCCCACAGCCAAAGGGACUUUUCCACACGUCCUUUUAGCACGUCACAGUCUAUCGAACUUCAUCGUCAACACAGGCACAGAGAAGCGGUUUUCUACUUACGCAUCGACGUCCUUGGGAGAGAUCCUGGGCAUCUCGGGGGCGCUUCUGGUCACCAUCGUCGCCUCGGCCGCCUUCCUCUGCUGUGCCUGCGGCGUCACCAUCGUCGUCUGGGUCUACAGGAGGAACCGCGCGCUUCAGAGGCCGCAGCCGCCGCAGACGCAGCCAGCUUAUCCGGUAGAAAUCGGCGGGAAUUUCGGGACAAACGGCACGUUCAGCAGCCUCCUCGUCGAGAAACCGCCGCCUUACCCCGGGGCGCCGCAACACACAUCCGUCAUUCCCCCCGUUUAUUCAGUUAUGCCUCAGUUCCCAAACACUCAAAAAAGGUACGCGAAAGGCAACUUCCGGGGGCAGCUACUCACUGGGAACCGUUCUCUCUCAAGGGUACGAGUCCGGGAAACCUGGUUCGCCCUGCGUUCGGGGUGGGGUGCAGUACGCGACGGCUGCGCACCAUCGCUCGCUCCUUCCAGUGUCCGUGAGGGCGUCAGGCUCCGAGAGCGACGUCUCCUCCACGCAGAAGGAAGAGUGGUUUGUAUAGGUGCAGCUAUAAUUAGCGUAUGAAUCUCCCUGGACGCAGGGUGGGCCUUGAGCUGUCUGCAAGGUGCCCCCAGGCAGACAGACCUCUAUCUUUCACCUCUCUCUCUCUUUUCCCCGUCUUUUCCUCAGUCUUGGCUCUCUCUCUCUCUCUCUCUCUCUGUUUUAUAUAGGUUAUAUAUCAUAGUUUCUUAUUGUAUCUUGAUGUAGCAUCAUCCCCCAAUCCUUUGUAUAAUGGAUGACCCUGAAUAGAGACAGGUUUCCGAUACCGAUGUCAUUAUACCUCAAAUUAGCAUUUUUAGAUUGAUUUUUUUUUUCUUUUUCUUUUUCUGUUCUGUUAUUGUUUUUUUUUUUUUUUAUAGCAAUGAGGUUCUCUUCAUGAAGUCUAAUAUUAAAGUAAUUAGUUAUAUAUUUUUGUUAAAAUUAUUCCUUCUCUAUUUUAUAUUUGGAAUAGUUUUUCAUUUGCCUUGUAAUGCUUAGGAAUUGAAUUGGUAUGAAAUUUCAACUUGAAACAUUUCAUAUAUAAAAAAAAAGAUCCUGCUUUACUCAUGGAACAAAAUUCCAUAAGCAAAUGUACACUAAGAUAGAUUGUGUAGUUCUUUAGAGAGCAUAAUUGUUCCAAAAGGCAUUUUGAUAUAUGAUGCUAAUGUUCCAUCUGUUAAUUUUUUUAGUAGCUUUGUUUGUAAUGAAUUAGCAAAUUCAUUUCGACAUUACACAUUUUCUAUUGUACAAUACUAUAUUUCUAGUACAGUACGAGCGCCAUAGGCAUUUCAUCAGUAGUCUAUUAUGAUAAAAAGGUUGACAUACAUGGUAUAAGAUUUCCCGUAAAAUAUCACUCAUAUAAAUAGACACUAUUCAAAAUGAUGUUUAUGUGUCACUUAUCCAUAUAGAAUGACUGCUUAAAGUUUCAUUUCUAUCUUGGUCAAAAUGCUCUCUUAAAAAUAUAUCUUAAAAAGAGAAGAAAUUGAAGUAAUAUUAUGAACAAGUAGGUCAAAAUCAGUAGCAAUAUAAUUCAAUAAUUAAGAUCAAACUUGUGUUCUUGAUACAUUUGAAAAAAUAUACAAAAAUCCACUUACCUUGAACUUGACAUUAUGUUAAUCUUUUUAUCAAUCCCAUGAUAGAUAAAGGCGCCAACAGUACCUAAUAGGUUAUUCAGUUGAUAUUUUAUAGAACAAUUGUUUCCUAUGUAUAGAUAUAAAACUGUCAUGAAAUAUUUUUGGUCAGAUGUGAUUGAAAUAUUGACAGAACAGUACAUUAUAUCUAUAGCAUGUCUUUACUAUCUGUGAAAAUGAAAGCAUUGAUGAGAAAAUAGUGUAUUUACUGAAUUUAGCACAAAUAACACAUUUUAACAUCAUACUCUUAUGGAGGUUUACAAGACGAUUUUGUGGAGUUCAUAUAGCAUAAUAUUUCCAUACAGAGAAGUGGUAACCAUGUAUAAUAUUGUGAAGACCAUGUACUUGUAAUGUAAAGCCUGCCUACAUAAUAAUAUAUGGUGCACUUAUUUGCAUUCAGCAGAUAUAAGUGCACGUGGACACACACACACACACACACACACACACACACACACACACACACACACACACACACACACACACACACACACACACACACACACACACACACACA